AUGAAAGACUCUGAUGCGCCGGCGCUGGUUCUCGCCGGGACAACUACGCCCGAGCAGAUCACCACCAAAAACACAUGGAAUACCAAGAACUUGAUAUCACGACUCGGCACUGACUUUCUUUCUGCUGCGAGCGCUGCUUCAAUGGUAGCGCCCAUCAUUGCCAUUAUCGACCGCUCCAUCAUGGAAAACGCUUCCGGCGCAAACACCCUCGCAAACUCUGUCAAAUCCUCCCUCCGAACCCUCUUCACCCGCCCUCACACAAUCCUCUUCUCCAAGCCUACAGCGCUCAUCUUCUGCCUCUACGGCGGGACAUAUCUCACCGCCAACGCCGUCGACACUUCGUUCUCGACAGUCAACAACAAGCCCGCCUCGAGCGUCACAGCCGGAACCACAAAGUUCGCUGCGUCCAGCGCCACAAACAUCGGAGUCUGUAUCUACAAGGACCAGGUCUUUGUGCGCAUGUUUGGCCCGCCUGGUGUUGUCCCUAGACCUGUCCCCCUCGCUUCAUACACUCUCUUUGCGCUGCGCGAUUGCUUGACCAUCUUUGCCUCGUUCAAUGUGCCGCCUUUGCUGGGACCGUAUCUGGAUAAGCGGUUUUCCGAGGAGAUGAAGAAGAGAGUCUCUGGACUCUAUGCAGCGCAGUUCAUGGCCCCUGCUAUGGUGCAGUUCAUUUCUACGCCUAUGCAUUUGUUCGGUCUAGACUUAUACAAUCGUCAAGCGACUGGACCUGGAGGAGCUGUCGUGACGAUGCGUGAUCGAUUAGAUCUUGUGCGGCGCAACUGGUUCAUCAGCUCUGUCGCGAGAAUAUGUCGAAUUGUCCCUGCUUUUGGAGUCGGCGGUGUAGUCAACAUGAAAGUUCGCAAGAACCUCAUGACCAAGCUGGAGUAG